AUGGAUUAUUGGAAAUUAAUUGUUCUAAUUAUAUCAGCCAUCUACGUGAAAGUGACCAUAGGACUACAACGAUUCGCCGAACAGCCCAAAUACACCGAGGUGAACCCUGGUCAGGAUGCGCUGCUGGUGUGCAAAGUAAUUGACAAGCGUGGCGUCUGCUCCUGGCAGAAGGACAACAAACCGGUCGGCAUCUAUCCGAAAAAGUACGAAUGGGCCAGCCAGUACGGCAUCGGCCAAACCGCACACGUCGGGGGCGACUGUUCGCUAUGGGUACGGGCGGCCCAGCUCGAGUUCGACGACGGGCUGUGGGAGUGCCAGGUGACGGCUAGCGAUUUUACAACACAAGACGCACUCACCAGCCAGCCGGUGCGAUUAGUCGUAAGAGUGCCACCACAGCGACCUAGAUUAGAGCACGAAGGAGUUCACGUUCCUCCCGGUCACAACGUAACGGUCGAUUCCGGUGCUGUGGCCACGGUAAAGUGUGUCUCCCACUACGGAAAUCCGCCCGCACAGCUGAAGUGGUUCCUAGGUGAUCAAGAGAUAUCUCCCAUUCAUCCACAAACCAACUCGACCGAACCGGAUAAUCCUCGUACUUGGUCGGCCGCCUCGGUAGUGCAAAUUCCGGCCAACAAGGAACGACACGGCACUGUACUGAAGUGUCUUGCACUGCACGAAUCCUACGCAGCACGGUCCGUAGCUGUUGAGGCCCGGUUGGAUGUUAAGUAUGCACCCACGGUGAGACUGCUUGGCGCCCCACAGAUCGACCUGGAAGAGGGCAAAGAUUCGCUUAUUCUACGAUGCGUGGCGGAUGCAAACCCGCCCGCCAGCAUCGUAUGGCGCCGCGCUGGUCGGUCGGAGAUUGCAAGCCUGCAGGAAUCGCUUCAACUGCGUCCGGUCGGGCGUCGUGAUGCCGGUCUGUACACGUGCCAGGCCCAGAACUCGGUCGGCACCUCGGACACGAUGUCCGUACAGCUGGAUGUCAAAUAUGCACCCAAAAUACUGUCCGCGGGACCGGAUCGACUGACCACGGCUCCACUAUUCAGUCCGGCUGCAUUUGAGUGUGUGGCCGAAGGCAAUCCGACACCCACCUACAAAUGGGUUCAAAGAAUUUCCACUCAGGGUAAACCUUUCCUCGAUCGUGGACGUGAAUCGAGGCUGGUGAUAGACAACGUGACGUACGACUAUCAGGGCGAGUACGAGUGUCGUGCGACGAACUUCAUCAACGGGCAGGAACGGACGGCUACAUCCGAUCCGAUUGCACUUCAAGUUGUCGGUGCACCGCAAGUCCUGCGCACCACCUCCGCCUCCGGUGGUAUUUCUGGUCAUUCCGUCUCGGUAAGGAAAGGUGACUCCGCGACGUUGUCACUGAUCGUGUGUGCCGAUCCACGGCCACGCCAUGUUGCCUGGGAAUGGGGCUCGCUUCGGCUGGAAGCAGGUUCUGGCAUAGGACGAUACCGUGUGGACGAUGUCACGCAAGACAGCCGAGAGGAUUGCUACCUUGCUACGCUACACAUCGACGAUGCAGACUUGCAAGAUCAGCGCCCAUACUACCUGGUGGUUGAAAAUGAACGAGGCACCGAUCGACAUGCCAUCAGUUUACGCGUCGAAGGAAUGUUUUCAGUAGUGGAACCGCUAGAGCUGAGCUAUCUGCUCGGCAUUGCGGGCGGAUGCCUGGCAGCCUUUCUCAUACUCAUCUGUCUCUGUAUCUACGCGGUACGGGCGCGAAAGUGCUGCUUCCGGAAUCGCAACAACUACAAAACAUCGGAAAAGGAUAGCGAGAAGGCCGAUCUAAAGUCACGGUCAGACAGUACGAGCGUACCGCCGCUCGAUUCGAUCUACACGACACCCACCGGAUUUCACCAUCAUCACCAUCAUCCGCACCAUGCCGCACACCAUCCGCACCAGAACGGAACGCCCGGUUCGCCGGAAGCAAUGAAGUCGGCCACGAACGUUACGGACACACCGCAAACCAACCAGCUGCACGCGAGCGGUAUCGACCCGCAGGAUGCCGAUCUGGUGCUGAGCACCUUGCGCCAUCAGCGUGACCUUUUCAGCGGUCCGCUUGGCAUACCGGACGUUACGACCCGGGUCGGUAGCGUGAUACAUGCGUUCGAAACGAUGGCCCGCCAGCGGCAAUCGCUCGGUGGGUCGUACCGGGUGGACAAACCGUACGAUACGAUGGCCGCCGGUGGUGGUGGAUCGUCCAAGUAUCGAUCGCAUCGCUCGAACGUCAAGCGUAUAGGGGAUGCGAAUCGCCACAAGAUCAUACUUCCCUCGCCCAAGAUUUCGCCUUCGUCCUCGGCGGAAACGGGCCACUUCAUGGUACAUGGUCAGCAAUUUCACCAUCAAGUACCAACUAUCCAAAACCCUUCCCACUACCAGCUAUCGGCGUCAUCACGGCAAUACCAUCACGACCAGCAUCAUCCUCAUCCUCAUCACCAUCUUCCGCCCACCUCCUUUUCCUAUACCGAUCCUCAUGGCAUUCCACCGGGAGUUCGAAGACACUCCGGUCCCAGCGGUGGUGGUGGUGUUGGUGCUCCCGGUGAGGAAAAUAUACAUAUUAAUAACAAUAAUUUCGAGCAAAACUUACCCCAUUCCAUGGACGAUCAUAACAAUCACAGUCAGACCCUGCCGAGAACGGUGUAUCCAGCGUCGUUGAGCGUGUCCGGCACCGAUACCAUUGCCGCCGGGACUGCCAUUACGCACCCCACCGAGAUGCCACACUACCAGCUAAAUAACGAGCAUGAAUCAAGUAAUUUCGAUUCCCUGAAUCUAGACGAUGAUUACCGUAAAAGCUCUUUUGGCAAACAGUCAAAAUUACACCAGCAACAGCAGAACCAGCACCAGCAGCAUUACCACCAACGCCGAAACCCGCCAGCAAACAUCAAUACGCUGCUGUUGGCUCGUGCUCAACAAGCAGGCGGUUCCUCUGCCAAUCGCACUAGUCGUGGUUUAUGGAGUUUGUUCGGUGGUGCCAACAAUCCUUCCGAACCAUCGAACCAUCACAGCGCGGCAACACCAGGUUACAGCAGCAGUAGAAACAAUCCGAACGUGUUUUUCAAUGCCACCUCGACGCCGACCGAGCGCACGAGGGUGGAACCGUUGCCGGCGGUGCUGAGUGGUUCGGUUGCACCGCUGCAAAUGUCAACAGGACCGGCAGCGUCCAAUUCUACCGGUACAAUGCGCUAUUACAACCACGAUAACAACCUUAACAGUGCCAAUCGUCAAACCAACCUAACCCAUUCCUUCGACAAUCCAGAAGACACCAUCGCCAGUGCGUUGGAACCGCGCGCGGCACAGCGAGAAGACGGCCAGGACGAACGGACCAUCGACGGACGAGGUACUAACCGGCGUAACGAAGCUGACACCGGUAUCGCAAACGAAGGCGAUAACGAAGCCACCGAUAAUCACGUUAGCGGUGAUAAAUUCCUACGUGGCAGCACUGUCAGCCAGUCCUUCAUCAAGAACGUCCGCAUUAUCGGGAAGAAGUCAUCCUCGUACGAUGUAAGCGGUGCUAGCCAAGGUGUGAACAAUGGUGGCACCCAUCGCAAAGACGGUGGUAAAAAACGCAACGAAAGCACCCGAUCCAGUGGCCGGCAACCGGCGGCGGACGGUGCUGGUACGUCCGGUUCCUCGAAUGGCUUCAAACAUCGCGGCUCGCUAAUGAUGGCAGCGGCCGCCAAACACUUUACCAAGCGCAACCGUGCACCGCAACCGGUAGCGACGAACCCAUCCACGGCAGCAGCUGUACCUGACACUGACGAAUUAACCGGUACACUGCGACCAAAGCCACCCGAAGAUGCGGCCACAAACAAUGCGGACGGUAUCGGCACUAACGAGACCGGUACAGCGAAAGGUUCGAACGGUGCGCCGGCGGUGAAAGGGCGUGCACCGUCGGUGGGAACUGCCAACCGGCGGCUACUAUUUCAACCGCGCACAAUUGAUAGGGCUGAAAUAUGA